ACAACAUGUCAUCUGACACGCAAGCUGCUGGGGAUUCAUCAAGCACAAAUCCAGCUAUGGCUAGUAUAAAUGCGAUUACCCUGCCCUAUUACUUUGGGGCCCCAUGGCUUCCAACAUAUAGUGGAGACGCUGAAGAUUCUGAAGGGAAUACAUUGACAGAAUUUAAAAACAAAAUGGAGUCUAUGUUCUGCCUUUACCCACUAUCAGAGCAACAGCAAGUGGAAAUACUGAUCGGGCAGUUGAAAGGCAUGGCCUGGAGAGAGGUAAUUUCAUGGCCAGCGGAUCAAAAGAGAACAGUAGGCCUUAUCCUGAACCGACUAACUACCACCUUUGAUACAAGAACGUUGUCUGAGCUUAAAGUGGCCUUUUACACAAGAAAACAGCAGCCAGGAGAAUCGCUGCGUGACUAUGCACUGAGUCUACAUGAGGCUCUUCGAGAACUACAGGCCAUUGAUCCAACAGAAGUUCGACCAACCGAUGAGAUAGUAAUCAAUCAGUUUAUAGAGGGGUCCCACAGUGAGUUUGUGAAGCCAUAUUUACGCCUCCUUCAGCUACAGUUAACAAAUAGCUCAUAUUUGUGCUUCAAAGAAGCUGCCAUUAAAGUGGUAGGGACAUUACAGAGGCAAGAAAUGUCCUGUCCUGAGAUGUUGGGGAACCAAGAAGAAAAAUACCCUCCAGAGGUCACAAAGCAGGAAUUCGUGGAUCUACACACACCUAAAGAAGUUGUUGUACAGGGUGAUCAGCUGCCAAGGACCGAUCUAUUAAGUACUAUAGGAGUGCAAGUCACUGAACUGACCCGUGGUAUAACUAAAAUGUCACAGCAAUUGCAGUAUUUCAUGCAGCAACAUGAAAAGUGCAGAGUAGAGACAAACUGGAGCUUCGAUGAAAGACAGCCCAGAGAUGUGGACCUUCAUGUUGUAGACCAGUAUCAAACUGAAGUGGUCACUACACCAGCUACAGAACCAGAGCCUGAAGUCAGCACAAGAAAAGUUAUGGGGAAAGUCAUUUGGUUUAAUGUGUGGUAUGGCUAUGGCUUUAUAAAUUGUCAUGACACCAAGAAAGAUGUGUUUGUACAUUAUACUGACAUAAAGAAGAACAACCCCCGGAAGUAUUUCCAAAGCCUGGAGAGAGGAGAAACGGUUGAGUUUGACGUUGUGAAUGGAGAAAAAGGUCCGCAGGCAGCUAAUGUAACUGAUCCUGGUGGUGUUCCUGUGCAAGGCAGCAAAUAUGCAGCAGGUUACAAGUGUUAUUGGCGCUAUCCACUACAUUGCAGAGGUCCUUCACGUAAUUACCAACAUUACCGAUAUCACAAAAACAUAGAGGAGUCUGAGGAAGUGGAAAGUGUAACAGAAAUUAUAAAUCAACAACAGCCUCAUCGAAGGUGUCGCAGCCCAUCAUACUGUCUAAGGAGGCCAUACAGAUGCAGACAACAAUAUCUUAAUGUCUCAAAGCAAAGGGAAUUAUUAGGUCUAACAGAUGGACCUGUGGAAGAACAGAGCGACACAGUAUAGCAAAGUCUGCAGGUUGUAGUCAGGUCACAACUUUCUCAAGUGCCACCAUCUCAGUGUAGAUCCAGAAUCGAUGACACCUAUUUCAAUAUGAGUCAUAACAGCCAAUAAGGGGAGUACACCAAUGAUUGCCAGGAAGACAUUGAAAGAGUCCCCAACCCACCCAUAGCUGAGAGUUUGGGAUCUCCGUAACAGAAUCACCAGGAAAUUGUUGUGCAAGAGUUGACAUACAGUAUGUUAUUCCUGAGCUGAAAAGCCCAUAAUGAAUGUUCUGGAGACCUCUGGAGUCCCAGAAGAUGAAUACAUAGUUAUGGAUUCAAGUGAAGUGGCCCGAAUCUUACAACAGGCAUCGAGAAAGUCAGGAAAAAGACAUAAAGGUAUUUUGACCCAAUAGGUUCUGACAUUAGAGUGUUCAAAAGUACCUAACUUGUAAGAGACCUUGUCUUAAAUGAAUAUGUAACAUAUUUAUCAAGCCAGCAUUAAUGUCUGUAAAUAGUAUAUAAGGGAAUUUAACUGCCAGAAAUGUUAAUGCCAUUGUUACAUUAUUACUAGGUAUUCAGAUCUAGUGAUUACAACUAAUG